CAUGAGCUUUGAUCUUUUGACUUUUAUGACUUAUACUGUGUGCGGUAGGUCAUUAAUUCAUUAAUAAGUUAUAAUUGUUAACAACUUUUAUUAGACAAAAGGUAAUUUUCUCAAUGGGAAACCCUGUUGGACCACAUGCUAUGUCUCCUAGUACCCUACUUUUGUAGACAUAUAUUUCUGAAUGACUUUUUUAAAAGCUAGCGUUUGAUUAUCAUUGUUUGCACAUUUAAAAAAUUGAUUAAAUUCAAGUAAUGCUAAAUAUAUUUCACUUUAAGACUAAGUAAAUUAGCGGAUAAGUUACCCAGAUAAUCUCUCAUCUUGACCUUUCGGCCUUGACAUGAGCAGCUCUGAAGAGUAGUAUCUUCCACUCUUGCUUUAUACACGCUGUAAAGUGGAUUUCAUGUGAGUUUAGACUUUUCUUUGUCCCUCUUCUUCCUAUUUUUUCACUGAGAAACACAAAGCAAUGCACACCUGGAGCAGAUACACAUACAAAAGUUGGCUGCAUCAGGUGACAAAAGUCACAUUAAGCUGCAUCAGCACUAAUAUUACUGAGAACUCAACAUAUGUCUAUGAGUGUAUAAGAGCUGCUCUAAAUGAAAGAGACCAGUGGUGAUAAUUCCCAGAAAAGGAGAACAUGAGACUCUAUCUAGCAAUCUUUGCGCUCUUGGCAGCAGUUCACUGCGAGGAGCUCUUUAAUGGAGAUCAAGUUUUCAGAAUCCAUGCAGAAUCUGAAAGCCAUGUUCAUGCUUUGAAGGAGCUAGAAAGGGACGUGGAUUCUGGGCUGGAUUUCUGGACUCAUGCCGUCUCUACUGAGCAACCUGUUGACAUCCGUGUGCCUCACUCCAGUCUGUAUGCUCUCAAGGACUUCCUCAAGAAAAACAACAUCCCUUUCACUGUCAUAAUCAACAAUGUGCAAGAACUUUUGGUCAGAGAGAGAGAAGAAAUGGUUCGCAAUGCAGAAGUGGAACGCCAGACAAAGAUCUUCAACUUUGCUGCUUAUCAUGACCUGGAGACUAUUUACAAUUUUAUGGACACCCUUGUUGCAAGUCACUCUAACUUGAUCUCUAAAGUGAAUAUUGGCAGCACUUAUGAGAACCGUCCUAUGUAUGUCUUGAAGUUCAGCACUGGUGGAGAGAAAAAACCUGCAAUCUGGAUUGAUGCUGGAAUGCAUGCGAGGGAGUGGAUUUCUCACGCUACUGCAGUGUGGCUCGCUGACAGAAUUGCCACAGACUUUAAGGAAAACCGUGCCCCUGUGCCCAGUAUCAUCAGUCAAAUGGAUAUUUACUUGAUGAUUGUGGCCAAUCCUGAUGGAUAUCUCUUUACUCACCGCUCUCCCAAUGAGUUUUACCGUUUGUGGCGUAAGAGCCGGUCUGCAACCUCUAACCCCAAAUGCAACGGUGUCGACCUCAACAGAAACUGGGAUGCUGAAUUUGGUGGUCCUGGAGCAAGCGAUGACCCCUGCGCUGAAGACUACCGUGGUCCUUCUGCGCAAUCUGAGAUUGAAGUGAAAAACAUUGCAGAUUUGAUCAUGAGCCACGGCAACUUCAAAUCCUUCAUGACCCUUCACUCUUACAAGCAGCUCUUAAUGUAUCCGUAUGGUUACAGUGGCAACGAUGCUCCUGACCGGACUGAACUGCAUGAUGUGGCCACACAGGCAAGCAAAGCCCUCAAUUCCUGGCAUGGCACCAUUUAUAAAGUUGGAAGCAUCUUCCACAUUAUUGAACCAGCUAGUGGUGCAAGUGUUGACUGGGCGUACCAACGUGGCAUCAAAUAUUCUUUUGCUUUUGAGUUGCGUGACACUGGUGAAUAUGGAUUCCUCCUGCCUGCUGACCAGAUUGUUUCCACUGCAAGGGAGACGUGGUAUGCUCUCAGAUACAUUAUGCAAUAUGUUUGUGAUCACCCUUACUGAGCGAAAUGUAAUGAAACUUCAAUAAAGAUCUCAGAGAAUGC